AUGACAACAUUAACUACAUUUCCCGAAGACGACAGGUGCCCCAAGGUUUGCAACGAUAUCGGAGCAUUCAAAAAAGCUGAGAAGGCCCCGGAAAAGGCUUUAGAAGAGGUUAAGAAUGCUGAAGAAAAAAAGGGUUUCGUUGAAGCUAAUGUCGAGCCAUCAGCGUCUCGUGCUUCCGCGGAAAAUCCACCAGAAGUCAUGCGAUCCCCGCCAUCCGGGGACGAAUAUCUUCCGAACCUCAAACCCGGGCAAGAUGGCAAAGUUGAUUGGACCCCACUUGGAGGAAUGACAGGUACACGGCCGGGCGUCAAUAAAUACAGUAUCAGUAGAUAUUCAUUGAGCGAAUGGCGAAAACACAAUGAAACAGUUCUGGACCCGGAAAUUAUAACUGAAUCAAACAUAGUCGAAUAUAACGCAAAGACCUCUAUGAUGCAAGCGUUCGGUAAUAUCGAUAAGCAACAAAGUGAGAAUUGCAAGCGCUUGAAACAGAAAGCUAGAGAUAUAUACCGAUGGAAGGUGGAGGUCGAACGUGCUUGUAAAGCUAUAACGGAAGAAGUAGAGAUGUUGGAGAUUGAACGGCAACGUCUCAAAGGCGCUUCGAAAGUCCUAAUGUUGCCCGAAUCGAUUUCCAAAGAAUGUUUAGAUCUUCGCUCCAACCGGUUCGAACCAGAUUUAGUAGCCGACGUUGCCGAACAAGAACUUAUCAAAGAAAUGAACCUGGUGAGUGAAGUGAGAGCAACCCUUAAAAACACUUUGAACGAAAUAGAAGAACAGAUGGCUAUCAACAAAUCGGCCAAGCACAGGAUCGAAUUCGACUGGUGCGACAAGGCGAUGGCUUACAACACGGAAGCGAUUAACUUAAGUCUUAGUCCGAAAUCGAAUACAAUUAUGUUUCGGCCGGGCGCUACUCGUUUCGGUGAAUAUACGGCUCCGUUGGAGUAUUGGGAAUUUUUCUGCAGAGAAAACGUGCAAAACUGCGAAGCCGCCAGACAGAAGUCGGCCGAUCUGCGAGGAAGUCUUAACGCUAUUCUCGUCAACGGUGGCCGUAAGCUUCGCAACCAAGCUGACAGAACGGAUAUCGCUAUAGCAGAAACUGUCGCAAUAACGCAGGAACUCUGUACGAAACUAGAAGAAACGCUUCGGUCUACGUUGCAGAGGAUCGCCGACACCGAAUGCCUGAUCGAUACUCUACAUGAAUCUAUUAGGAAAAUGGACGCCGCAAUUAAGUUAGCUCAGACGAGGCUAGACAACAGGAACAACUGGAGACCGCACGGAGAGAGCGUUAGGGAUCAACCACAUUUGGGAUUGAUAGAAGAAGUAAAGAAGAUUCACGAGACGGUGACGUCGCUUCUUGGUCAAUUAAGAAACGCAGAGAGGGUUAGAAAGGAUCUAUUAAAUAAAAGAAUAGCGCUAGAGAGAGACAUCGCAUCUAAGAGAAAAACACUGAAUAUAGACAGGGAUAGAUGUGGAAUGGUCAGGUCGCACUAUCCGUCAGCCUCGGAACUGGCCGGAUAUUAA